AUAAGCAGAAGGAACAUUUUUAAAUAAUCAGUCGAUAACUGUCUGAAAGGUCAAAACGACCAGUAGACUGACUUUUUUUUUUUACACAACAUCAGUACUGGAUUUUUACAACGCGCCAUCACGCCCACAUUUUACCUUCUCGUUCACGGCCCUGAAUGAAGAGAGGUCGUUACAUUUUAUGGAGGUUAAUUAUGUUUUUCUCCCAUUUAAAAGCUGGAACCCGGUGAAAUUGACCUGCAGCUAAGCAGGACGGUUAGAAGAGACGCUCGCAGCAGCGUGUGGGCUGUUUGAUGUCAUGUGCAGCCAGGGGGCAAAAUCAAAUAUUUCCUUCCCUUUUCAGUUAGUUUGCUCUCACAGAUAUUCAUGUCAGAGCAGCAAACCAGCUGCACGAAGCUGUUGCGGUAUAUCAAAUCCAUAAAUGCUGCAUUAAUAAAGUGGACUUUUCUGUCCUACAGUAUAAGCAAUACACUUAAACACAACAUAAUGGAAUUAUUCAUCUCUGUUUGGGGUUUAUUAAAUUAGAGGGCCACGACGGUGUGAAACGCAGAGCUCCGGCCGCUGUUUGUUGUUCUGCCCUCUGCACGAGUAAGACUACACGCUAGGUUAAGCACUAAAUUGGGUAACUGUCCAGUGACGGCAGAUAAGCACCUGCUCGUCCAGAUCACUCUCGGCCGAGUAGACGGCAACCGCUCGCACACAACAGACAUUUGGGACAGUCAUCGAUUCAAGACGGGGCCCUUGGACUUAAAAUGACAGACUCCAAAGGCAAGAGAAAGGAAUAUUUAAGUGUGAAGGAUCUGCAGAAGGUUUUGGACUCGUGCAAGCUACAUCUCAGACAAGUUGAUGAGGUCUGGCCAAACAUUUACAUAGGCAACGUGGCAGUAGCCCAAAACAAGACUACCUUGCUGAAAUUAGGUAUAACUCAUGUAUUAAACGCUGCUCACUCCAAGCGAGGCAGCAUAGGGAACCAAAGCUUUUAUGGCAGCGGCUUUGUGUAUUGUGGCAUUCCAGCUGAUGACUCGACACACUUUGACCUGGAUGUUUACUUCCAGACUGCAGCUGAUUUCAUUCAUAAAGCUUUAAAGUCACCUGAUGGGAAAGUCCUGGUGCACUGCAUCAUGGGAAUGAGCCGGUCAUCGACCCUGGUGUUAGCCUACCUCAUGAUCCACCGCCACCUCCCGCUCAAACUGGCUUUGCAGAAAUUGAUCCAGAAGAGAGCUAUCUACCCCAACAGGAAUUUCCUGGCUUUGCUGUUGGAUCUGGACCUGCAGCUGAGGAGAAAAAAGAAAACGUGUCAGAUCCUGUGACCACAAGUUUACACUUUUCAGCCACAGAGCAGCACGCGUGGUGUCUGAAGACGGGGAUCCCAGUCAGUCCAGACCGAAAAUACUCAAGAUGAACUGUUGGGAAAUUUGGUUCAAUUUAUGACUGAAUUUCUGUGAGACUCGGCUGCACUUUGAGAUUAACAACAUAUCAUGUUAGCAUACAUUAAAAACAGGAAGAACGGGAAAGCGUUUUGUUAUUAAGUUUAAUGCAUAUUAACUUUAAUGCCGGGAGGCAAAUUAGAGAAUCAAUAUUUCAGCACGAUACUUGAAAUGUUAGCAUGCUCACAUACGAAACAUCCUAUGCUAAAUAUUAGCGAAGUAAAAUUGUGGUAUUGGGAUGAUGGAAGAAUUGUGUAAAAAUAAUGAAUGAAUGCCAAUAAUAAGAAUAUUUUAUAAAUAUUUAUGUCUUUUCAGUUACUUCUCAUUCUUGUAAGAUUUCAGCACCUCAUUUAUUAAAGCAGAAUGGACCAAAUGUC